AUGACUUUCAUUCUACCGGUAAAACACCUAAAACAGCAAUCAAAUUGGGAUUGUGGUAUAACAUGUUUACGAAUGCUUAUUGAUUAUUAUCAUCUUGAUUUAUCAUCAUUUGAAUAUUUAUUAUCUUCUUAUGAAUGUAAUGAAAGUACCUGGACUAUUGAUUUAUUACAUCUACUUCAUCAAUUAAAUAUUCAUGCUAUUCUAUAUACAAUAACAAUAGGUUGUUCAUCAACAUAUAAUAAUACACCGUAUUAUCAAACAUUAAUUGAUAAAGAUCGAGAAAGAGUUGAUAAAUUAUUUAUUAAGGAAUCAUCAAAUGUUAAACUAAGUUCAAUAGAUUGGUUGGAUUUAAAAAAACAUUUAAUUGAACAACGAACACCUUGUCUAGUUUUAAUUGAUGCUAAUAAACUUGAAUGUUGUACAUGUAAAACAACAAUUUUUCAUCAAUUAAUUGAUAAAUUAGUUUCAAAAAUUUCAUCAUCUUAUCAAGGUCAUUAUAUACUUGUUAUUGGUUAUAUAACAAAUGAAAAUAAUGAUUUUAUUCGUUAUGUUGAUCCAGGUCGAAAUGAUGAAUUUUGUACAACAACAAAAGAAAAUUUUGAUCUUGCAAGAAAAGCAUUUGGAACCGAUGAAGAUAUUAUUCUUUGUUAUAAAAAAGAUACAAUUUAA